AUGAGAACUGCUUCAGCUUUAUCUCUCGUGCUCAGUGCGUCGCUCGUGACACCGAACUACUUGGCCGCCGCUGGUUCUCAUUGCGAGAUGUUGGGCAAAUACCCCAAAGUAUCGCCGUCUCUGUCCGUCCACGCAAGAGGGGACGACAGUUAUUCCGAGACGACCGAAGACGAUUCCUUUCGUAAAGUGACGUCUCUGCAAGUCCGUGUGCAGGGCGAUAGACCCCAGUGGAACGUCAAUACGCAACGAUUCGUGUCUUCUUUCUACGAUUCGGUGGGCGAUAACGUUCGUGCCCCGCUCGACACCGUCAACAUGGCUUCCGUCGAAGGAGCGCUCAAGUACGUCCAGGCCGAGUGCAUCAAUGCGUCGGUCGUGACCAACUGCACGCGCAAGAACGGCGUCAAGUACGUCGUCUUUUACCAGACGACAGUCGUACAGCCUCCAGCGUCAAUGGCCUAUUACGUCAAUGCGUCGGACGAGUACAACUUUGCGAUCGAGCACUGCCCGUUCGUGCCAUUAGACGGCGGACGGUGCAACCCGAACGCCAAAGGCGCGUUCCCGAAAGAGUGCAACCAGUACAUUGGAGCUGCUGGGGAGACUAAGUUGGGCUUUUGCGUCGGAGGUACGUUGCAGGACAACGAGGCCAUUGCACCGUAUCCGCACAACUACUGGUUCUCGUUCCCGAAUAGCUGUCCCCAGCAGCUCUGGGACAAGAAGACUGACGCCUGUCGCAAGAAGUACCCGGGCGGCUUGUGCCCUCUCGGUGUCGAACCAGAUGGCGUGACCUGCACGUUUUCGUACGAGAUCUUGGGCUACAUCCUGCUCGACGACGUCGUCGGGAUCACGUCCAUGGUCAACCCAAAGACCAAAAGAAAGUUCGCCGACUACUACGAGUUCUGUAAGGCCGGCGGCGUGGAGUUCAGCGUCGCCAUUGCUGACACGAACGUCACAUUGCUACAGGGGCUCGACUUUUGGCGCAGUCCAGGGGACAGCAACGCGAACGCCGAGCGGUCGGAAAAGGUCGUUGCCGCGUACGUCGAUUUGCUCGAGACGACGACAUCGGCUGCAAGUGUUACCGAAGGGAUGCGGCCGCUCCCCACAGUGGACGAACUGACGGCCAUCAAUCCUCCGUGCUACCAGAACAGCAAAAUCUGCGCUGAGGCCAAAUUCGGGUGCAAGCGCAUCUACCGCUCGCAGAUCUGCCGAGUUUGCUCAUCGUCCGACGUGGGUUGCGUGGUCGCGCAGAGGUACUAA